AUGCCUCACAAGCAGAAGAAGGCCUCGAAUCAUGCCCUAAGAAUCGGCUCUCCCCGGGCGGAGAAAAAGCAGCAGCAGCAUCAAUCGGUCCCGAAUACCCCUCCACCGGUCGUAGCUCCUACGAAUUAUCGCGAGAUUCAUCAGAAUGAAGUGGAGGCUCUCCGCUCGAUCUAUGGAGAUGACUUUGAAGAGAUCGAGAACAGGCGCUCAGCCUGGCAUCAAUCAUCGGAUGUUUGCUUCAGGCUCCAUUUGCGAGCUUCGUCCAACCCGGAAGUCCGCAUCCAAUUGCUGGUUGAGCUGCCGGCAACCUACCCCAAGACCUAUCCGAACUUGUCAUUAGAGAACCUGGCGGAAUUUCGCGAAGGAGCGCAGUCACGGAUUCUGGAUAUUGUCGAAAAUAAGCCGAAGUUGCUCGUUGGGACAGAAAUGAUAUACGAGCUUGGCGUGUCUAUUCAAGAUGUCCUUGAAGAUGUGGCUCAAGCCAAGGAGCAGGAUAAAGACCUUCCUAGCCUGGAAGAAGAGCGCAUGAAGCAAGAAGCCGCAGCGAUGCACCAGGCAGAGUUAGAAAGACAGGAGGACCUUCGGAAACAGGAGGCUGCUACGGCUGAGGAGGAACGAGCCCUUCAGCAAUUGAUUGAGAAUAAGAUUAGAGAAAGAUCGAAGGCUCGACUAUCUCGACGAAAGAGUCGAACAGCUGGGGUGGAUUCGAAUGGAUUUACGGAUGACAUCGAGCAUGUCCCAGGCGCGAUUGCCUUCGACCCUCCGCUGGUUAUGAAUGAUUCCGAUGAGCAAUUACUGAAGUUCCGAGCUGUUUUUGGGAAGACCCUACUCAAAAGUACCCAUGGGAAGGAAACCUUUACCGUACGACCAAUUGUUUCUGAAAACCGGCCCCAUGCACCUCUUCUGGUUUUGAAAGAGUACUCGCUUGAGAGGGGACUAGGAACUUUGGCAUUUCGAGAGCGAAUGCGGACUAGUGAAGAUAAAUUGGAAUCAAUCAAGAAACUACGCCAUCCCAAUCUUAUCGACUUUGUUGGUUUCAAGAUCAAUAGCCCUGACCUAUACGACGACUCGCAUGAUAAUGCUUGGAAAGUAUAUGCUCUUGUGGAGUACGCGAACAAGGGUUCUUUGGUGGAAUUUCUGGAUCUCGUGGGGACUGUCCCUGUAGAGAUGCUCCGCAGCUGGAUGCUUCAGUUGCUUGAAGGCUUGGAGUUCUAUCACCGCAGUGGGUUUAUCCAUGGGGACAUUCACAGUGGGCGGGUCAUGUUAUUCAGGAGCCCAACAGGAGGAACUACUGUGAAGUUGCAGCCGAGCAUUGAGGGGGCUUUACCAGGUCCCGCAGGUGGCCGGAGUCGGUCUAUGGCAACCUCCAAAUCCCCGUUCUGGACGCCUCCGGAGUUGACUCAGGGGGAGGUGCCGCUGUCCAUGAAAACCGAUGUCUGGGACUUAGGUAUAGUUCUUUUGCAAAUGGGAUUUGGCAAAGAUGUCAUGCUGCGCUAUACUUCUGCCAAUGCACUGAUGGGGGCACUCGAUCUAUCGCCCCCUUUGCAAGAUUUGCUCGAGGAGUUCUUCCGUCCAGACCCCAAGAAGCGACCUACGGCGUUCCAGCUUCAGCCUUCCGAGUUCUUCCGUGUUGACACGCCUUUGAUAAUGCAUACUAGCACAGCCAAUUCCAUGUUCCUGCCGAGACGGCCGCGCGUGGACUCCUUUGGUGGUAUUUCUGCGCUUUCACGCUACAAUCAAGAUUUUGAUGAAGCUGGACGUCUGGGAAAAGGCGGGUUUGGCCAGGUCGUGAAGGCUCGAAACAAACUCGAUGGUCGAUUUUACGCUGUCAAGAAGAUCUCUCAGAAGUCAGCUGCUGCGUUGAAGGAUACAUUGUCGGAGAUCAUGUUACUAUCUCGGUUGAACCAUCCGUACGUGGUGCGCUACUACACAGCUUGGCUUGAGGAAGAUUUCGAUCUUGGUGACGAGGACGCCGUUUCUUCCACCGAGGGCGACCCAUUUGCGAGUCGAGGUCCGGGUAGUGUUGGUUUUAGUACCGGUGGACUUGACUUUAUCAGUUCCAGCGGUUACUCCGGAAUCCAGUUUGGCUUGGACAGCGACGACGAAGACGCUGAAUCCAUGUCUGAUCAAGAUAGAAAGGAGACACCUGAUUAUGACGACUCCGAAAGCGAGAGUGGAACUGAACCAAGCCGGAUGAAGACCAGCUCGCAAGGCCGGCCCGUAUUCACUACGUUGUAUAUCCAGAUGGAGUACUGCGAGAAACAUACUCUUCGUGAUCUCAUCAGAAACGGUCUCUAUGAUGAUGUUGACAGAUCCUGGCGCCUUUUUCGCCAAAUCCUAGACGGGUUGAGCCAUAUCCAUGGCCAUGGUAUUAUACACCGAGAUUUGAAACCGGAUAAUAUCUUCAUUGAUGUGGCCAAUAACCCGCGUAUCGGAGACUUUGGCCUAGCGACAAGUGGGCAGUUUAUGACUGCAGUCCGCUCAUCUGCAACGGCGGAUAUUGGAGGUAACUUGACUCGCAGCCUGGGUACGACUUACUAUGUCGCGCCUGAGAUGCAAUCUGGAUUCACAGGAAAUUACAACGAAAAGGUUGAUAUGUAUUCUCUGGGCGUGAUCUUCUUUGAAAUGUGCCAUCCGUUGCCUACCGGCAUGGAACGUGAUCAGACACUGCGGGCAAUUCGAGAGAAGAACCAUACUCUCCCUUCUACCUUCCAGCAUUCAGAUAAGGUGGUACAGGGCAAAAUUAUUGAAUCACUGCUGAACCAUACACCGAAUGAGCGUCCAUCAGCUGAAGAGCUCCUUCACAGUGGGAACAUCCCUUUGCAGGUCGAGGAAGAAACAUUCAGAAGGGCUAUCGUCCACUUGCUCUCCGAUCCAAAUUCUCCAGAUUACAAGAAGAUUCUCUCAGCCAUCUUCUCCCAAUCUCCCAAGCGAUUUGAGGAUAUUGCCUGGGACAUGGAUUCGCAUGUAUCACCGGCAGCGAAUGAACUGUUGGUUCAAGGUCUGGUCAAAGACAAGUUGAUAUCUAUCUUUCGCCGGCAUGGAUCGGUGGAGAGUGCGAGGCAAAUGCUUUUCCCGCGAUCUCAGCAUUACAAUCAUGGCGCUGUGCGGUUGCUCGGUUCAUCAGGAAAUCUGCUCCAAUUGCCUUUUGAUUUGACCUUGCCGAAUGCGCGUGCGAUUCCUCGACAGGACCGUUCGCUUGAGAAGACAUUUGCCUUUGGCACGGUCUACAGGGAAACACCCCACGGUGGUGAGCCGCGGACUCACAAGGAAGUAGACUUUGAUAUCGUGUCGCACAACACGUUGGACCUGGCGUUGAAGGAAGCCGAAGUUAUCAAAGUACUGGACGAAAUCAUCGAGGAAUUCCCACCGCUUAGAUCAGCGCAGAUGUGCUUCAUGAUAAACCACUCCGAUUUGCUUCAAUUGAUCAUGGAAUUCUGUCGCAUUACUCCUUCUCAGAUCCCACUGGUCAAAGAGAUCAUCAGCAAGUUGAACGUCGGAAAAUGGACAAUGCAAAAGAUCAGGAGUGAGCUUCGUUCGCCUGCCGUUGGUGUUGCCUCUACGUCGUUGGACAAUCUUGCGAGGUUUGACUUCAGAGACUCUCCAAAACAAGCCCAUAAGAAAUUGCGGGCUAUCAUGGAGGGCACGCCAUUCGCUGAACGAUUGACUCCGAUUUUUGCCCGUCUGAACUCGGUAGUCAACUACCUCCAGGAGUUCGACGUAAAGCGGAAAGUCUAUGUCAACCCGCUUUCCAGUCUGAAUGACAAGUUCUUCAGAGGUAGUAUUCUUUUCCAGUGCGUCUUUGACAACAAGCGGCGCGAUGUGUUUGCAGCGGGUGGUCGAUAUGACCGGCUGGUUCAGGAGUUCUCCCCGAAGGCUUUGGCGAGUCGCACUCAAACUCAUGCCGUGGGUUUCAAUUUGAGUUGGGAUAGGCUUAGUUCAUCGAUGCUUGGACACCUGAAAGAGCCAACCAAGUCGUCUUUGAAGCAUCCAGAAGCUGAAACUGGGACUGGGACUUUCUGGAAGACUCGGAGGUGUGAUGUACUCGUCGCUAGCUUUGACGCGACGGUCUUGCGCACAAUAGGCAUUAAGGUCGUUCAGGAUUUGUGGUCAAAUGAUAUCAGCGCGGAAUUAUCAGUCGACGCCUCUUCGCUCGAAGAGCUUCUCAGCAAAUACAGAGACCAUAACCAUAGCUGGAUCGUUAUCGCGAAGCAAGACAGCAAGGAACGGGGUUUUAAGGUCCGAAGCCUGACCCCAAGGGAAGAAUACGACAUGAGAGCCUCGGAGCUGGUUCCUUGGCUUCGAAAUGAGAUUCGUGCGCGCAACCUGCGCGAGGGCACAACCGAUCAUUCGAAACAACAUCGGUUGCCUAGUCAGCCGGACGUGUCGUCUCCCGGUAAUGAGAGGACCAAUGAUGUACGUAUCUUGGUCUCUCAGCACCGGAGCAAGAAGAGCAAUAGGCGAAAUAUCGUUGAUUCAGCUCUUCAACGUUCACGCGAAGUCGUCGAACAAGCCCUCAAUGGCCCCAUCGCUGCUAUCGAUACUCGAGAUGAUGUCCUUGAGUCCAUCCGCGACACGCGUCUUUCAGACCCUGACAGCUGGCGCACAGUGAUACAGAAUGCACCACCGAGUGAACGGAAAUACCUCAGCCAAGUGCAUGAGCUGCUCUGCGAUCUUGCCAAUGAAAGCCAAAUGGGCGACGGCACCGAGAGCUACGCGAAUGCGUUUAUAUACAACUAUCGAACGGGGUCCUGCUUGUAUUAUGAUCUUGGGAGGGUGAGCGAAAGAUAG